ACUUCCGCUCGCCCGAGGAAUUACCACAUACCACUAUCUCUUCGUGUAUAGUCUCUUUGAUCUCUUCGUAUAUAGUCUCUUUGGUUUGCACCAAGGUGGUGAUGCAGUACGUGUGUGGCAGCCUGCCGUGCUAUACAAGGCAGUAUUCUACUUUAAGGACUAGUAUUUACUCUAUCUCUGUAUUCAUUCCCAUCUAGUGCUUGGGCAAUGUUCUCCGUCCCCACAUUUUAUUGUCUUAUUGUCCAGGGGGAGGUGCAUGCCGCCCCCUUGGAGGAAGAAUUCUUCCUCCAAGGCCGCCCCCUCCCUUGUGCUUUAAUUCCUUCCUACCAUUGUAUCUUUCGUUUCAUGGUGCUCCCUACACAUGUACUAAUAGUUGUAUAAUCACACACUGCCCUGCCUGGGGGUUGGGAUGGCAUGUUUCUCCCUUGUCCCUUGUUGUUUACCUGCAACAAUAAACUAUCAAUCAAUCAAUCAAUCAAUCAGGUUGUGCCGAUAUGAAGGCUGACUCUCCAACGGGUCACUGUACAGCAAGAGCAAACACGCUGCUGCUGACUCCUGUUUCUUCUGCUGCCCCUGCUGACUCUUUACUGCCGGUGCUGACUCCUGCUGCUGCUGGUGGUGCUGCUGCUGACUCCUGCUGGUGCUGGUGCCGCCGUCAGAGUCAGCACUCCACACAGCAGCCUCCGUCCAGUGGUGACCCCAAGACUCCGUGCCCGGGGCGAGCCCCGCCGGUGCUGAGCAGAAGUGAGGGUCUGAGGCGGUGCUGUGCUCAGCGCUCCCUGCGUCUUUGUUGCCGCUGAUCUCUGUUGCAGUGGAGGCUGCAAGGCAGGGCACCAGCAGGAACAGACUGUCUGUGGUGUGAGGAUUAGGGGUGAUCACGAGAGCCUCCUCACCACCACCACCACCACCACCACCACCACCACCACCUUGCUGCUGGCAUCUCCAGCCAUAAAGGAAAGGAAAAGUUUGAGUGCAAGAAGACUUGAGAGUGAGAGCAGGUCCACUAGACACAGCCUUGCACACACUGGUGAAGGAAACCAUGAGUGCCAAGAGUGUGGGAAAAGACUCCCUGGGAAGGGUGACCUCACCAAGUACACCCACACACUCUGGAGGAAGACCUCAUGAAUGCUGUGAGUGUGGUAAAAAGUUCAGUAGAAAGAGGGGCCUCAACACACACACCCUGAUACACACUGGUGAAAGACCUCAUGAAUGCUGUAAGUGUGAGAAAACGUUCAAUCAGAAGAGUAACCUCAUCAGACACACCCUUACACACACUGGUGAAAGACCUCAUGAAUGCCAUGAUUGUGGGAAAAAGUUCAGUAGGAAGAGUUACCUCAAGAAACACACCCUUACACACACUGGUGAAAGUCCUCAUGAAUGCCAUGAUUGUGGGAAAAAGUUCAGUAGGAGGAGUGACCUCAAGAAACACACCCUUACACACACUGGUGAAAGUCCUCAUGAAUGCCGUGAGUGUGACAAAACAUUCAGCAGUAAGAGUGGCCUUAAGAAACACACCCUUACACACACUGGUGAAAGACCUCAUGAAUGCCAUGAGUGUGGCAAAAAGUUCAAUCAGAGGAGUAACCUCAACACACACACCCUUAUACACACUGGUGAAAGACCUCAUGAAUGCCGUGAGUGUGGUAAAAAGUUCAGGUGGAAGUGUGACCUCAAGAAACACACCCUUACACACACUGGUGAAAGACCUCAUGAAUGCCGUGAGUGUGGUAAAAAGUUCAGUAGGAAGUGUGACCUCAAGAAACACACCCUUACACACACUGGUGAAAGACCUCAUGAAUGCCGUGAGUGUGGCAAAAAGUUCAGAGCCAAGAGUGACCUGAACACACACACUUUUAUACACACUGGUGAAAGACCUCAUGAAUGCCAUGAGUGUGGCAAGAGGUUCAUUUCUAUGUCUGUGUUGAACACACACAUCUUCGGACACUCUGGCCUGAGAGAGUUCAAGUGUGAUGUUUGUAAGAAACAUUUCAAGACCAAGCAGGAUAUUGCUCGGCACAUGAAUAUCCACUUCCCCUGAGGUGUUGUGUUGUGCUGCUGUAAGUGUUAUGCACGGAACUUUCCAUAUGACUCAAGAAUCACGUGACAGUACAAUUCUGUAUAGCUUGCACUUCUCUCUGCCAUCAGUGGUCAGUUACAGGCUGGCAGCCGCGACAUCCACACGUUUGUCACUCGUCUUGUCCGCUGCUUGUAUACACCGUUCUUGUUGUGCUUUACAGAUAAAUAUAUUGUGGACUAAAAACAUGGACCUUUUCAUAAACUCAACCAAAGUAAUAUAUGUGGUGGGGGGCAGCGUUUGGUAGCCCAUCCUGGUUCUGCUGACAGGCCUGACCAAACAGCUGUUUUCCUCGAUGCAUCUGCCUAAGGUAAGCCUGCCGCCCAUGGCAGAUUUACCUUAGGCAGACGCAUAGGGAGGAAUUACACAGCUCAGGGCUGGACGCUGCGGAACACCUGGCCUCUGGCCUUGCCGUCAUUUCUUAAUGGGGCACAGGGAACUUGGUGACCUUCAGUGCCUCAAAAACUCAAUUUCUCCAGACAUCUUUCCCCUGUCCUUCGACAACACUCAGCCAUCCCCAUCACCCCGGGACGCAGGGCCAGUGUGUCACCAGGGUUACCCCAGCGUGCCUUUCCCAGGUGUCCCCAGGUACCCAUUUAUCAACCAGCCCGAAAGGAAGGAUGAACAGCUGGGUGGACUGCACGCCGACUGCCCGGGCCGGGGUUCAAACCCAGACCACGCUAACCACUGCACCACGGACACGUAAUGAUGGAACUCAUUGCUUAUAAUAUACCGAAGAGAGAGAGAGAGAGAGAGUAUAUUUGUCUGUGUUUCUCUCAUUUUUUUCAUGGUUCCCUUCUUUUCUUCAGUUACUCUUUUCCUAUCUUUAUCUCACACUGUUUUGUUUCAUGUGUUAUUUCUCUAAUUUGUUUAUUAAUCUCUCCAUCUUCAUCUCUUUACUUUCUCUUUGAAGCUUGCCAUCUCAUUCUUUCUUUCAUUUGAGUCUCUCU